CAUCUGUCUGAGCCAAAAGCGAUCGCCUCCAUUGACCACUAGUCAAAGAGUGUUGGUCACUCGUUCGAGAUCAACCUAAAGCAUGAGCGUUGAAGCGGACAAGACGCGCGCAGAGGCGCUGCUGCUACAGACCAUCGGGAGCGAGGGGUCCGUGGCCGAUACGUAUGAGUUCGCGCUGGCCAACGGUCUGUCGCACGAGUUGGUGGUGGGCGUCAUGAAGUCGCUGCUGGUGGAUGCCUUUGUGGCCGACACGGAGCGCUCUACGUCAUUCUACGUGCUGAAAGACGAGGCCAGGAGUUUCCUGGAGCAGGGAUCUCCCGAGAUCCAAGUCUUCCGUGCCAUCCCCGCCGAGGGCGUGGACCGCAAGACGCUGGAGGCCGCUGUGGGCGCUGCUACGCUCAAGGUCGGACAGGGCGCGUGUAUGAAGAACAAGUGGAUCCGCUUGGACAAGGCAGAUGGCAAGUUCUACCGCAAUGUGGAGGAAGUGAAGGACGAGGUCACGGAGAUGCUCCGUCGUGUGGAGCAGGCGGACGGCGCGCUCUCAACUGUUUCCAAGGACGAGGCCAACACGCUCAAGCGCCGCAAACUGGCUGAAGUGCGUACGCGCAAGUCGUAUGCGCUGACCAAGGGCGUGAACUUUGCUCUUCAGAGGAAGAAACAGGCAGCGGGACUGACAAAGGAGAUGCUGGACGGUGAUGCAUGGAAGAAGGAGACGUUCAAGCCCUACAACUUCAAGACGAUGGGUCUGAGCGUCGGUGGUGGCCACCUGCAUCCGCUCAUGAAGGUGCGCGCUGAGUUUCGUCGCGUGCUUAUGGACAUGGGGUUCCAGGAGAUGCCGACCAACCGCUUCGUGGAGAGCAGUUUCUGGAACUUCGACUCGCUGUUCCAGCCGCAGUCACACCCUGCCCGCGACGCCCACGACACGUUCUUCCUCACCCAGCCGAAGUACUGCCUGACGGUGCCGGAGGACUACUACAAGCGCGUCCACGACAUGCACGAGAACGGUGGCUUCGACUCCAUUGGUCACGGUCGCGGUGCCUUCAAGCGCGAGACGUCCAUGACGAACAUCCUGCGUACGCACACGACCGCUAUCUCGGCUCAGAUGCUGUACAAGCUCGCCAACCAGCCCGGUGGCUUCACCCCGCAGAAGUAUUUCUCCAUUGACCGUGUGUUCCGUAACGAAAGCAUGGACGCGACGCACUUGGCUGAGUUCCACCAGGUCGAAGGUGUGGUGGCAGACUACGACCUGUCACUGGGUGACCUAAUUGGUAUCAUCAAGGCAUUCUUCAUGAAGAUCGGUAUUACGCAGAUGCGCUUCAAGCCGGCAUACAACCCCUACACGGAGCCCAGUAUGGAGAUCUUCGCCUUUCACCCGGACCUGAAGAAGUGGACUGAGAUCGGUAACUCUGGCGUGUUCCGUCCGGAGAUGCUGCGCCCCAUGGGUCUGCCCGAAAAUGUACGUGUUAUCGCCUGGGGUCUGUCGCUGGAGCGCCCCACAAUGAUUAAGUACCGCCUCAACAACAUCCGCGACCUCUUUGGACACAAGAUUGAUCUCGAGCAGACUCGAUCGGCCAAGCUGUACCGCUACUAGACGUCGAGACGGAUACCAAAGUUUGGUGAGCCCUCGCAGUGGUGAAUACCUUAGUUAGAUAGCCAUGGAAGGAUCCACUGUCUGAAUAAAGACGGAGAGUAAGUACAUUUCUAUGCGGUUAACAUUGCUGUGAUCAGCACACCACCACAGUCGGAUGAUAAGGAAUUGAAGUGGCGUUUUUUGCUUAAUCGGGAAGGAUCAUUUUUCAUCAGGGGUCAGCAAGGUAGUAGCACAGUAUUUCAAGUCCCGAUUCAAUGCAAGAUAUUCCGCAAGUCUGUAGAUACCAUCGUGUACUUUUUCUCUUUGGUCAGCUCGAAGAACCGAUGAAUAGGAUGCUCUGAAUCACGAUAAGGAGUCCUGUAAGAAACUAGUUCGAAGUAUCAGAACUAUUUGUGAAGAUUUUGCUACGAUUUCAAAGGCGAAGUAUCGUAAGAUCCAGACUAGUCAUUAGUCGAAACCAUCGCUCGCAUCG